AUUUUUUGGUUGUUUUUCACUUUUCCCUCCCACAAGAGUCUGAAUUAUCGGCAGUGCCGUUUCCACAUUUUUUAUUUUUAUUAUAUUUUACUUCGUAUAAUUUUAGAUGACAUCUUCUUCACCAAACUCAGCAGAUACGGGAUCAAAAAUUAUGUUCACUAGACAAGAUGAAUGGAAAAAUACAGGGAGCCCAGAUGGGGAAAUUAAAGUUUUUCGACCGACUAUGGAGGAAUUUAAAAAUUUUGGCAAGUAUAUGGAAUAUAUUGAGCAACAAAAUGCUCAUCUUUCUUCUGGUGUUUGCAAAGUUAUUCCUCCAGAAGGUUGGUAUCCAAGGCCUUCAAAACUGCCCGACGAUUACUCUGAUAUUGACGAUUUUAUAAUUGAAUGUCCAGUGAGAGAACGAAUUGAAAGUAUGGGAAACGGCUGUCACGUUAAAAAUAAUGUUGUUUACAGAAAAGAGAUGAAGGUUAAAGAUUUUCGUAGAAUGGCUUUAUCAAAACAAUACGGAACGCCUCAAAAGAAUUAUGACUUGUACAAUUUAGAAAAACAUUUUUGGCGUAAUUUAUUGCAUCACGAACCUAUUUAUGGAGCUGACACGCCUGGUUCUAUUUAUGAUUCUGAUGUUAAAGAGUUUAAUAUGAAUUGCCUCGGAACGAUUUUAGACUUGCUUAAGGAGGAAAAGGUAACAAUCAAGGGUGUUAAUACAGUGUUUUUAUAUUUUGGCAUGUGGAAAACAACAUUUCCUUGGCAUGCGGAAGACAUGGAUCUUUAUUCAAUAAAUUAUUUACAUUUUGGAGAGCCAAAAUUUUGGUAUGCAAUUCCCUCUCAUGCAGCCGAAAAAUUUGAGAGAUUGGCAGCUCAGCGCUUUCCAGACGGCUUACAAAUUUGCAAAGCUUUUCUUCGACAUAAACUUUAUAUUAUAUCCCCAACUGUUUUAAAACAAAAUGGAAUUCCUUAUGGAACUAUGGUUCAAUACCCUGGAGAAUUUAUAAUAACUUUUCCAAAAGGCUACCAUAUGGGGUUUAAUACUGGUUAUAACUGUGCAGAGUCUACGAAUUUUGCAUUGGAGAGAUGGAUUGAUUAUGGAAAAAAUGCUGUUCUGUGUUAUUGUCGAAAAGACACUGUUGAAAUCGAUAUGCGACCUUUUAUGAAGAAAUACAGACCUGAGGAAUAUCGUGAAUGGUUUGAUUAUUGGUAUGGAGAAAGAGCAUCAACUUAUAAACCUACAAAACCAGACACCAUAAAAACACGAAAACGAAAGGGUAGUCAGGACAGUGGUGGAGGGAAAAGUGAAACAGGCAGUGAGGACAGUUCAAUAAAUUUGCCUAGAUCAAUUUGUACGAAACGUCAACGGAAAAUUUUUCAAGCAAGGAAACCAAUGUUUGACCUCUGGGCAAAUCGUCCAGUCAAUUUAUUUGCUGAAAAAACUCAUAAUAGUCGUUGCGGCAAACUGUUUCCUCAUUGUUGUGUUUGCCAAUAUUUUAUAUCUAAAGAAAUUUGGAAUUCGCUUCCGCCAGUGGAAAGUUUGCCAAAAAGUUCUCGACGUUAUGUAACUGAUCAAAUGUUCUAUAAAGAAAAACACCUUAAAAAUCUUGAUUUGAAAAUUUGUGAAGACGAACUUUUAGAAUGCUCAAAUUGUUAUAUGGUUGUACAUAAAAAUUGUUAUCCUUGUGGAGGAACAAAAAUAACACCCGAAAUGAAUGAAUGUUGGUUAUGUGAACGUUGUUAUAAUCGGAAUGAUGUCCUUAUCCGCACUACUUCAUGUAGAUUAUGUGAACUUCGAGGAGGGGCUUUAUUGGAAUGUGAAGGAAUGUUUGGUGAAGGAAGCGAUUUUGUUCAUGUUAUUUGUGCAUUAAUGGAUAGAGGAACUCGUUUUUUGAAACCUGAAAAUCGUUCUGCUCCAUUUAGUCCUCCACCUAAAAGGUUAUUAACAACACAGUCAUCUAUUUCGGAAAGAAAUGGUUCUAGUCCAAAUUUGCUUCAACAACAGACACCUAUUAUUUCAAAUACUUUAAAUGUUGAUUCUUUUGGUGAUUCAGGGAUCUCUGAAAUUAAAUCGCCAAUAACUUUUACUCCAUUUCAAUGUCUUUCACCAUCCCAAAAUGAUGUUAAUAACACUUAUUUGAAUACCUUUGUUGAAUACAAAGAAUGUUCCCCAUCCUCAAGUUGUCAUUCACUACCAAUUCCCUGCCAAGAAUUAACUGUUGCAAUGAGGAAUUCUAAUCAACAAUUUUCUGAAUAUUCGGCAAGCUACGAAUGCGAAGUUUGUGGCCAACAGUCAGAACAUCUUAUUCGUUGCAAUAUUUGUCUUUCAAGUGAAGAAGUUGGUGCAAAACUUCGUUUUCACAUUACUUGUGCUCCACUUGCUGAUGUUACUUUUGAACGAAGACAUUACCCAGAAAAUGUUAUUGCUGUAUGUUCCUUUCAUCACAGUGAUCAACAAGAUGAUCCAGUCUAUACUGAUGUCCAAAAAUUUCAAAUUAAUCAAGAAGUUAUUGUUCAUCAAGAAGGUGAUGACAACGAAGAAAAUCUUACCGGUGUUGGCCGUAUUGUUGGAAUAACAGAACAUUUAUGUGCUACUGUUGAUUUUUUGGAUGGAACAAUAUCAGGAGACCUUUUUCUUGGAGAAAUUAGAAAUUGUGAAUGUAAAUGGUUUGGCUGUAGUGGUGGAUCACACAUUCCAGGAUCAUUAGUUUAUGUUGAUUGGCCUGAUGAAAAGAUCUAUGAAGCUUAUUACCGUGGGAAAAUGCCAAAACCUCGAUUUAAAAUAAAAUUAACGCCGCCGUUUAAAACACCAAAUGAUGAUUUAAUUGAAGUUGGAGCAGAAUGUAUUUAUUUUGGGGACGAGCAACUUCCAGAGGGUGUGCACGAACAUUUGAGGAAUGCUUACAGAGGCUCACAACAAUCUAUCUAA